AUGACAACAAUUAUGUUACCGGGUGGCUUAAAGCGUCUGUGCUCAAGUGUUUCCGGGUGGCAUGAGUUUGCCUUUUUCCGGGUCUGGUGUAGCAGCAUGGAUGGUCAAGAGAGUUGGCCAGAAAUUGAGAAAGCCUCAAAAGAGAAAAGACGCGAACUGGUUCUGCAAGGUGCAGUUAUCGAUGAAAAGAUAUCCUCUAAUGGAGGUCUGUGUUCAACAAUCUAUUCUCUCAAGCUCCUAAAUUACCUAGAAAUCAUCCAAUGUCCGAGUUUGACAGAAAUUCACGGAGACAUAAAAAAUCUGACCACCCUUACAAGCUUGAUUCUUUGCAGGAAUAAGCUCUCCUCUAUUCCAAAAACCAUUGGAAAUCUGAAGUCCCUGAAAGUCCUUGACAUUUCAGUCAACAACCUGAAAGCUUUGCCUGAAGAGAUAACCCAGCUAAGCGAUCUCAAUACACUCAACGUGAGCUGCAACAACAUCGACUCUCUACCAGAUGGACUGUGUCAUUGCACGAAGCUCUCUACCAUCAACAUCUCCAAAAAUGACAUCACUCGGUUCCCUGAUGACUUCUAUCGCCUGGAUCUCCUCAGCACUGUCAUUGCCUCUGAGAAUUCCAUAGAAGAGCUGAGUGGAGAUGUUCACAAGCUCUCUGCUCUAAAGGUUUUGGAUCUAUCCAACAACAAGCUCAGUGACAUCCCCUACGAGCUGAGUGACUGCUCCAAACUGAAGGAGAUAAACUUCAAAGGAAACAAACUCAAAGACAAGCGGCUGGAGAAGAUGGUCAACGGUUGCCAGACCAAAUCCAUCCUGGACUACCUUCGGGCCGGUGGCCGAGGGAAAGGCAAAGGCAGUAAGCAGGCCGACGGGGACGGGGAUAAGGCCGAAGGGGGUCGGAAUGCAGAGAAGACCCAGACCAAAAAGCAGCGCAAGCAGAAAAAGAAGAAGAACGAGGAGGAGGAGGAUGAGGUGGAUGAGUUGAACCGGCUGGUGGUGAAGGUGCUUCACGUGUCUGACAACCCCGGUGCGUUCACUGUAAAGGUGGCCAACGAACUGAAGGAUGUGAGGCCGUACUUGGUGUGCUGUGUGGUCAGAGGCAUGAACUUCAGGUCCGGGAAUGCGCUCAAGAGGUUCCUCGUUGCACAGACCAAACUUCACGAUGACCUAUGUGGUAAAAGGACAACUGCGACCAUCGCAACACACGACAUGCAGCUACUCAAGGGACCUCUCAUGUAUGAUGCCAGACCACCUCCUAUGUUAAAGAUAGUCCCCCUGGGCCGUAAGGAGAUGACUGCGGUGGAGCUGAUGAGGCAGCUGCAGCUAGAGGCAGAGGACCAGCGGAAACAGAGGAAGAGGCAGAAUGUGUCUGGCCUCCACAAAUACCUGCAGCUUCUUGAUGGAAAAGAACUCUACCCAUGUCUGGUAGAUGCAGAGGAUCAUGUGAUCUCAUUUCCACCAAUCACCAACAGCGAGAAAACCAAGAUCAGGAAGACGACUAAGGAGCUUUUCUUAGAAGUGACCAGUUCUACCAGCCUGCAGAUCUGUAAAGAAGUGAUGGAUGCUCUCAUAGUGAAAAUGGCGGAGCUGAACAAAUUCACGUCGGAUCACAGAGAGGAGGCUGGAUCAGAGGGAGAGUCGGAUGCACCCCCAGUCCCUGCCUCCGAUGGUACCACCUCAGGUGAGCUGGUCAUCCAGCAGGUUCGCACCGUGGACCCUGACGGGAACCUCAAGGUCGUCUACCCAUCCAAAACGGACCUCUCCACCGACGUCGGCAACCUGAACGUCAUCUGGUAGUUGCGCAACAACCAGCCUUUUGAUUUAUAUUUGACUUAGUCUCACACAGUUAAAAUCACAAUACUGUAUAUGAGUUGCCACUGUUCCCUUGGUAAGCAAAGCCGAUUACAUCCACUCAUUUCCAAACAUGGAAGUAGUGCAAUUAUAGCCUUCCGGAAAGUUCUUGAUUACUAUUUGGCACGUACAAACAGCUUCGCCUGUACUAAGGUAUAGAAUAAUUAAACUACCUACCCAACCUAAAA